CCGCCGCUCAGUUCCUGCCCCGCGCGCGGGCGGGCGGGUGUCGCCGGUCGCGACAGAGCUGAAGAAACAAAUUGAUCUACAUGUACUUCACUGUCCAUUGGAAGAAUGACAGAUGACAAAGAUGUACUUCGAGAUGUGUGGUUUGGGCGAAUACCGACCUGUUUCACUCUGUAUCAGGAUGAGAUAACUGAAAGGGAAGCUGAACCCUACUAUUUGCUUUUGCCAAGGAUAAGCUACUUGACACUGGUAACAGACAAAGUGAAGAAACACUUUCAGAAAGUUAUGAGACAAGAGGAAGUUAGUGAAAUAUGGUUUGAAUAUGAAGGUACACCACUGAAAUGGCAUUAUCCAAUUGGUUUACUCUUUGAUCUCCAUGCAUCAAAUACAGCCCUUCCUUGGAGCAUCACAGUGCAUUUCAAGAAUUUUCCAGAAAAGGAUCUUCUACACUGCCAUUCUAAAGAUGUGAUUGAAGCUCAUUUUAUGGCUUGUAUAAAAGAAGCAGAUGCUUUAAAGCACAAAAGUCAAGUCAUCAAUGAAAUGCAAAAAAAGGAUCAUAAGCAAUUGUGGAUGGGAUUACAGAAUGAUAAAUUUGAACAGUUUUGGGCAAUAAAUCGAAAACUCAUGGAGUAUCCUCCAGAAGAUAAUGGAUUUCGAUACAUCCCAUUUAGAAUUUAUCAGGUAGGAGACAAUAAGAUAAAAUCAAACUCUUCCACGGAGGUGUCAUAUAUUGUAAUCUGUUUUCAGAAUUAUAUGUUUCCUUUUCUAGCAUUAUAGCAAAACUUUGCAUGUUCAUCUUUGCUGGACCCUUGAGUUGCAUGGAUUAGCAGACAAAAUAAACUGUAUUUAUUCUAAUAGGUAAUUAACAUUUACUAUGUUGCAAGUGUGUAAUACUUGAGAACAUCCUAUGGCUGAUGUAGAUGAUGUUUGUUCUUUUU